AGCCGAUUUCAGGGAAAUUAUGUAUAAUUAAGUAUAAUUUAGGUGAUAAAGUCGCAUUACAAUAGUGAUAUUCUUGAUAUACAGGGUGUCCACAAAGUCUAUUGAAAAUGUACUCUCUACUUUACAGUUUGGGAAGUGUUGUGAACUAACCAUUUUAUAGUGUGUAUAAAAUGAAGCAAACAAAACAAAAAAAACACGUUAAUAUCUACUCCCGUUUUGCAAGAAUUUCCACAGAUUUGUCUAUUAUGUUUUGUGAUGAAUUUGUUACAUUUUAAAGAUACUUUAUGGCCACCCUGUAUUUUUCCACGCAAAUCGUGUAGAUAGUCGACACGAAACAGACAAAAUCACUUCAACUCACGGAUUGAACGGGUUGAGAAUGCUUAAUUUAUUGGGGCAGGCGUCCACCAGAUGGCGCCACAUGCUCAGGAUACUUAAUUUGCAAAAUGGUGCCCGAUGGGUGUCACCUCCGAAGUGGUUCUGUUUUAUUAUUCUCUGGAUAAUCACAUUAUGGGGAAAAACCCCCAAUAAUAAUUAUGGUUGCACACUGUUCCUUUUGUUGAUGCUUUAACAAGGCAGCAUGUGGAGUAUUUAUUUUUUUUGCAUAAAAAUCACUGCAAAACAAAGUUAAGCUUAGUUAAGGUUAAAAGAAAAAAAUAAUAAUCAACGGCCUCUUUGUCAGAGGUACACUAAGUGUGUCACAUUUGAGAUCAAAUAUGACAGUGUGGGUCUUUUUCUAGCCUUUGCUUCUGAGAUUGUGAGCAACAAUGCGAGCACUUAAGUCACAAAUAGCCAACUAACAGCUUUUUCCUACUUGAAUGACUGUAAAGCUGGAUUUUUCCAUUUGCUUGUAAAUGAGGCAUUUCACAACAACAAUGACAGUCUAAUUGAAAGCAAAUGUGGUUCAUUGUUUACAUUCUGCUCCUAACUGUCCGUAAAUGGAAGCCUGCUCAGUUCCGGGAAGACCAAAACCUAAGGGAGGAGCCAAAAGAGCAUUUAUGAGUCAGCAUGCGGACCUUCACUCCAAACCAUGCUUGUUCCGUCAGCGGGAUCAGUCAUGGAAGUGAUGCUGCUGCCUAUCCUUCUUGCGCUCCUCUCAGCGUUGCUAGGGGGCCUGUAUCUUCUGGGGGUGUUCAGACGGCGGAGGCCCGGGGAGCCCCCCCUGGACAAGGGUCUCUUCCCUUGGCUGGGCCACGUCUUGGAGUUCCGCAGGGACACGGUCAAGUUCCUGCAGAGGAUGCAAAGGAAGCACGGCGACGUGUUCACCAUCCAGCUGGGUGGCUUCUACGUCACCUUCCUGCAGGACCCCUUGUCCUUCGGGCCGUUUGUCAAGGAGAGCCGGGAGAAGCUGGACUUCAAGAUGUUCGCCAAGCACCUGGUGCACAGGGUCUUCGGCUACUGGUCACCUCACAGCGAGCAUCACAUCCUGCAACAGUCCAGCAACAAGCAUCUGAAGGGGGACGGCUUGGAGGUCCUCACGCAGUCCAUGACGGGCAAUCUUCAGAACCUGAUGCUGCACAACCUCGGCAAAGAGAAACAGGCCUGGACAGAAGACGGGCUCUUCAUGUACUGCUACAAUAUCGUUUUCAGGGCGGGCUACCUGUCCCUGUAUGGCAACGUGUCGCCCAAGUGCAAGGACGGAGAGGAGAAGGCCAAAGAGAAGGACAGGGUGGAAUCGGAGGCCUUGUUCUACAAGUUCCGUAAGUACGACCAGCUCUUCCCCAACCUGGCCUACGGCGUGCUGCCUCCCAAGAGAAGACUGGAGCUGCGGGGUCUCUUGGACUACUUCUGGGACGUCUUGUCGGUGCGCAAGGUGAAGACCAAAGACAACAUCAGCGGCUGGGUGUGGGACAUGCAGCGGGUGCGGGAGGAGAUGGGCAUGGACGAGGCCAUGAUCGACAGGUACAUGUUUCUCCUCCUGUGGGCCUCGCAGGGCAACACGGGCCCAUCCUCCUUCUGGCUGCUCCUCUACCUGAUGAAGCACCCGGACGCCAUGGCGGCCGUCAAGGGCGAGGUGGACCGGAUCGUGCGCGAGUCUGGCCAGGAAGUCAGGCGCGGCGGACCCUUGCUUAGUCUGACGCGCGAGAUGUUGGUGAAGGCCACAAUCUUGGACAGCGCCGUGGAGGAGACCCUGAGACUCUCCGCCGCGCCCCUUCUCACCAGGGCCGUGCUCCAGGACAUGACGCUGAAGAUGGCCAACGGCCAGGAGUUCCUGAUCCGCGAAGGGGACCGGAUGGGGGUCUUCCCUUACUGCGGCGUGCAAAUGGACCCCGGCAUCCACCCUGACCCGACCGCCUUCAAACACGACCGCUUCCUCAACCCGGACGGGAGCAGGAAGACAGAGUUUUAUAAAGACGGCAAGAAGGUGAAGUACUACACCAUGCCCUGGGGCGCCGGGGUGUCCAUCUGCCCGGGCCGCUUCUUUGCCACCAACGAGCUCAAGCAGUUUAUCUUCCUUAUGCUGGUCUACUUUGAGUUUGAGCUGCUGGAUCCCGGAAUGGAGAUCCCCGGAAUAGACGUCCGACGAUGGGGCUUUGGAACCAUGCAGCCCGUCGGAGACGUUCCCUUCCGAUAUAGACUCAGAUAUUAAAUGUGGAGUUUUACAGCAGCAAAUUGAAGACUUUUCAAAGGGCAAUGCAAUCAAAUUCAAGACCUAUCGUUCACUAAAUAUGACCAUAAUCUUUAAUCAAGACAGAGUGGUGGUGUAAUACAUUUGUAAGGCAUUGUAUGUAUGGUGAAACUUCGCCAAUGUUUUAUUUGUAAAGAGUGCAACAGCUUGAAGUGAAUGUAAUGUAUAUAGAUAUAUACUGUAUAUAUUUCAAAUAUAUUGUUUUAAAUGAUGGUCACAUAGGUUGAAAAUCAAAGUCUGGAAGGGAGUAACUUUGGGCAUGCACUUUGUAAAGAAAAACACGUGUGCGCAAGGAUGCUUUUGCACAGUCUGGAAACACUUAACACACUCGACAGUAAAUGUUAUUUCCCCCGAAGUUUAAAGUGAUCGUGGAAGACUAUAUUUAUUUUAAAAGUCUUUGAAAUUUCUGCAUUACAAGAUCAAACCUAAAACAAGUUGCAGUUAUGUUACUAUCACAUGCUUAUCAAUUGAAUCUGACACAAAAAUAGUAUCCCGUAUCGCAUAAUAUGUUGUUUUCUUUCACUUGGCUUGUGUUUUUGUGACGUCCCCUGAUCAACAGGAUGUGUGUUAAUGUGUAUUUUCCUCAUCAAAUAAAUAAAGUAUGACAAAAAUUA